AUGUCCCCGGCUACCGCGGUCGCUAUACCAACUCCUGCGACGAAAACAAAGAAACCAUCGCCGAUAGGCAGCGGCAUCAACGGCGUCGCGCAUCCUACGGCUUCAUCAUCACCGUCCCUCGCAAACAAGAAGAUGGCUGUGACGGCAAAGCCGCCUGCCAGCACCGCUGGCGGUGCAGCUGCGGUCCCCACAGUUCGGCCUGUCAAUCGCGCACGUCGCGACGUAAACCCGCAAGCCCUCGGUAGACAUUCGCGCAAUAGUGCCGGCAAGCGCACUGGGUCGAUGUCUGACGAUGCUUCUGCUAAUGGCGGAGGAACGCUUCCAUAUGUCGUAUCCGAUUCAUAUAUCCUUUCAAAGCAUGCCGGCAACCCACCCUCUCUUGUCGUGCAUCUACACGCUACGCAUUUCCGAUUCGAUGGGCAGGAUGGCAUGUUUCCGUAUAAGUCGCCGAUGAAACUCUUCCUUGAGCACGUCCGAAGUCGUACCAUUCCCCACGACCUCCUCGAGUACUUCAUUCAAGCUAAAGUUCAGUUCUACGAUGGCUGUCUCAUCGUCCAACUUCACGAUCACAAGUCAGCUGCGCAAUCCAAGGAUGUUGCGCGACCAACUUCUGCCUCGUCCAAAACAGUACCAGCGUCGAUUCAUAAUUAUAACCAGUGGCUGACGCCAUCCCCUUACGUUCCCUUUCCGCAGGAAGAACAGGGCGCGAGCGAGGACUCUAAGAAAGCAGAGGAAGAAACAAAGCCGACAGAAGGCGAAAAGUCCGAAGAAAAUGGUCAAGAGGAGACAAAGCUCAAAAUUGCUGCCAAACCAAAAGUUUUCACUGUCGUCCUGCAUCCGACCCCGGAGAGCUUACAUAUCGACCUCAUGAUCAAGGCCACAACCCCGAAAGGCAUACCAGAAACCUAUGUACCACCACCAACACCCCUGUCGCUCGGGAACCCUCCUACCCCGACAGUCAAUACGAUGCCACCACCUGCGAAACGCCAAAGAAGAGACAAGACUGAACUGGACGGAUCUAACAUCUACCUUGCAGAGGGGCAAAUCUUACUCGCUACCAUGCCAUCAUUAAUAUUGACUCCGACCAAGAAUGUAGAAGAGAUGAUUGCCCUUCUCGAGGCCAUGUCUCAUCCCAAGCACGCCGAAGCACCACCGCAACCCAAGACGAGAAAGCGGACUAUUGCCGAAGUUGCCGCAGACGAAGCCGCAGCUGCAGACCACGAGCGUUACAUGCUCGUCCUGGAUGAGCGCCUUUCAUCUGGCAUCGCUGGUGGCCAAGGCACAAGUGGUGCAGACGGUGAUGCUCAGAACGGUUCCGUUACCUUUGAGCCGCGCUUCGAGCGCUUCAAGGUUAUCGAGGACAUCAAGAGGCAGCAUGCGGAGAAGAAGGAGCAGGAAAGACUUAAACAACAAGAAACUGAACGCCGGCUCCAGGAACAAAGGCUUCAGCAGCAGAGAGAGCAACAAGCGGCAGCACAGCGAGCAGAAGCCGAGCGUGCUAGACAAGCUGCUGCGGCCAGGGAGAAUCAACUUCGCCAAGCCGAAGCGCAGCGUCAAGCCCUGGCCGCCCGACAGGCACAGGCACAGGCGCAGGCUGCACAAGCACAGGCACAGGCGCAGGCGCAGGCGCACGCUCAAGCACAGGCACAAGCACAGGCGCAGCAAGCUGCCCAGGCACAAGCGCAAGCACAGCAAGCGGCACAGGCGCAGCAAGCGGCACAAAUGGCCCAGCGCAAUAGCCAAAAUGCUAUGGUACCAAAUGGCGCUGCCGGUAACGCUGGCAUGCAAAAUGGAAUGCACGGUUCUGCUCAGGCUAGAUUCCCGUCGCAAAUGUCACAAGCUCAAGCAGCAUCCUCGCCCGUCAUACGACAGGGCACACCUCAAAAUAUGUCGUCGCCAAUGGUUGGAAGCGCGCCGAUGCAACAUUCCAAUUCUGGCGCCGCUGGAAGCCCGCCGCGGCCUCCCUCCGUUGUGCAGAAUCCCAUGUCUGCCCCCAUGGCACAUAACAUGUCUGCUCGAGGCAGUCAGCAGAGUCAUGCCUCGGGUACUCCGCGCAUACCCAAUGCGACCCCAAACAUGCCGCAUGCUACGCCAAUUAAUAGACAAGCCAUGGCCUCAACCCCUCGCAUGACGCAGGCCAGCCCGCCGCCUAAUAUGAUGGCUCAAGGCUCACAGAUUAGUGGCAACAUGGGUGGCAACAUGGGCGGCAACAUGGGCAUGCCUAAUAACCACGGCAUGAGCCCCCAGAACCCAAUGCUUGGCCAACCGAUGACAGUCCAGCAGAGACUGCUCCAGCAGCAGCAGCUUGCGAUGCAGAAUGGCGGAAUGGCUGCUAUGAAUGGUCAGCCCAUGACCCAACAGCAACAGCAGCAAUUGAUUCAGGCGAUACAACGUCAAGCGCAUCUGCAACAACAGCAGCAACAGCAGCAAGGUGGAAUGCUGACUCCCCAGCAGCAACAGCAGCAAGCCAUAUAUCAACAGCAGCUGCAAAACCUGCAGGGCGGCCAGCUGCGCCAAAUGACACCGCACCUCCAGCAACAGCUUUCGCAGAUGGCUAGGAUGGGCCAGCUGGGCCAGAUGGGCAACGCGAUGCAGAGGCAGCUGAGCGGUCAAGUCAUGAACGGCAACGCCGCGAACAUGCAAGCUAUGGCCGCCAUGCAACAACAAAUGCAACAGCACCAAGCGCAGCAACCGCAGGGCCAGCAAGGGCCCAUGCAGUUUGCGCCGGCCCAGAAUCCUCAGCAGCAGCAACAGCAGCAGCAGAUGCAGCUGCAGCUCAGCAAUCACGCCAGAGGCAUCUUCCAGAGAAUGGUCGCAGCAGCUGCGCCAAAGUAUGGUGGGCCGGAGAACAUUCCGCAGGAAGCCAUGAACAAGAUGAAGCAAAUUUCUCUCAACCAGGCCAAUCAGCUAUUCCUGCAGAGGAGAGCCCAGGCUCAGCAGCAGCAGCAACAGCAGCAGCAGCUCAUGAUGCAGCAUCAGCAGCAGCAGCAGUCUAUGCAAGGCAUGGGUGGUAUGAUGGGCCCGCAGGGGAUGUAA